AUGAAGAAAUUCAUCUUUGCAGCACUCCUCGCUGUUCUUUUCUUCACCGCUGUCUUUGUCAGCGCACAAGAAGUGGCCACUGAACAAACCAACACUGAGGCCAUGAUGACCGAAUCCGACAAACAACGACUUUUGGAAAAAUUCUUACAAUCCAUUGCUGAGAGAAGAACUCAAGAUGAAAGAAGACCAAAAAGACGUGAAUCCAGAAGACCUAGAAGACGUGAAAAUAAAAGACGUGAAAAUAGAAGACCAAGACGUGAUUCUCAAAACAGAAGAAGAAGAAGAUCUCCAAUCAGAUAUUUGAGAGGUUUAUUGAGACAAAUGAGAGAACUCGGUUUGAUCAAGUCUGAAUCCAUUGCUCAAAAGAAACUCGAUCGUCGAACUGCUGUUACUUAUUUGAGAAGAUUGUCCAAGAUUGUUCGUUAUUUGCGAAGAUUGGUCAGACAAGGAAAGAAGGACGAAGCUGUUGAAUUGGUUGGCAAGUUGAAGACUUCUCGUAAAUUCGCUCGUGCUGUCCGUAUUGUUCGUACCUUGUUGAGAAAGUUGCAAAGAAGAGCUAGAAGAGCUCGUUUGGCUGCUCGUAAGAGAUUUUUGAGAAGAUUUGCUCAACGAUUUGCUCAAAGAUAUAAAAGACAACCAAGAAGACAAGUUAGAAGACCAAGACGUGAAUCUAGAAGACCAAGAAGACAACCAAGAUGGGGACCAGCUAGAAGAUUCCCAAGAAGAAAUAGAUUCAACUCGAGAAGAUUGAGAAGAUUCUUCCCAAGAUAUGAUGCUCGUCCUCUUUUCGGUGUCCGUAGAAGUGAAGUCCGUAGAGAAGUUGCUCGUCAACAAUUGAAGAGAAAGUUGAGAAAGUUGUUGAAGAGAAUCUUCUUGAGAGAAUUUGUGAGAAAGGGAUUGGCUCAUCGUGCUGCUCAAAAGAAACAAACUUUGAGAUACAAGUUGAAGCAACAAUUGAAGCAAGCUUUGAAGAAGGCAUUGGCUAACAAGUUGAAGAAGGUUGCAAAGAAGCCAGUCGUUGCUCAAAAGCCUGCAGUUGCUCAAAAGCCAGUCGUUGCCCAAAAGCCAGCUGUCACUCAAAAGCCAGCAGUUCAAAAGCCAGUUACCAAGCCAUCUCCAAUUACUGAAGAUAACUUGGAAGCUUUUAUUAAGCAAAUUUUGAAGGAAUACACUCAACAAUAA